AUGACAUUGAGCGAUGAUGGAUUAAUUAGGGUUGUUGAUAAUAUAUUGAUCUCCUUGCAAACUAGGGUUGCGAUCAGCGUUGGGGGAUACGACACUUCGCUUCCUGCGAAGCAAAUCAUAGACGCGUUGCGCGAUCACUUCAAAUCAUGUGGAGAGAUCAUUAGGGUUCGGUCAACCAGAGACAUCGUAACCAAUGAGCUCGAAAGGCGUGCUUUUGUUGUUCUCUGCAAAGGCGCGGAAGAAAAGGCAUUGCAACUUAAUGGAAGUGAAGUGAUGGAAGGAUGGAAGGCAGAUGUUAAGGUUAUGUCGUGUGAAGGCAGUGAGUAUACUACCGAUCAAUUGGCUGCGAUGAGUGUCGCACACUGUCGAAGAAGACUAAGCCAUGGCAUCUCCGUUACGGGAUAUGACGCUUCGCUUCCUGCGGAGGAUGUCAAGAGCGCACUGAGGAAACACUUCUCUACAUGUGGACACAUCACGGAUGUGUUUGUUCUCAAC